UAAAACUUAAUAUAGCUUUGUAGAGGAAAUUAAAUCUACUUUAAAAAAAUUGUUGGUGGGUUCUAGAACCCACAAAUUUCAGUAUCUCAACUGCAAAUCGGUCAACGUUCCGGCUGAGUAUUUUCCAUGUUAUUUGAAGCUUCUACUACGUCUCUUUUUCACCGCUCCUUGUGUUACUUUUUUCAUUUACAUUAUUUAAGACCUACUUGUUCUUCAAUUUUUCCUUUUUGGGAUCAUUCGUUUCACUCCUUUUCAGAAAGCAAUACCCAAAGUAGCAAACUGGAAAUUUUGAUGGUACAGUAAGAAAGUUUGGCUCUGCCAAACAAUACAGAGGUUAAAGAAUUGUUCGAAAGGCAGAAAUCAUAACCAAUGGGGGAUUUACCUAUAGUUCGAUUUGAGGAGAAAAUCGCAGAAACAGUGGAGAAAAACCCUGUAGUGGUAGUUAUUGGUGAGACUGGUUCUGGUAAAAGUACACAACUUCCACAAAUACUUUAUCGAAGGGGUUAUGCUAAAUCUGGGAUCAUCGCUGUUACUCAGCCUCGCCGUGUUGCUGCUGUUUCUGUUUCUAGACGAGUUGCACAGGAGCAAAAUGUUCGAAUUGGAGAGGAAGUCGGUUAUGCCAUAAGAUUUGAAGAUAGAACUUCAGAAAAAACACGUAUCAAAUAUCUUACAGAUGGAGUACUCCUUCGCGAGAGUCUUUUUGAUCCGGAGCUGAAUCAGUAUUCCGUCAUCAUAUUGGAUGAAGCACAUGAGAGGAGUUUGAACACGGAUAUAUUGCUAGGUCUAAUGAAAAGAUUAAUCAAAUGGCGUUACUCAAGCUUGAAAGUUUUGAUCACAUCAGCAACUCUUGAUGGUGGAAAGGUAUCUAGGUUCUUCUCUGACUGCCCCGUCCUUACUGUACCAGGAGAGUUAUUUCCUGUGGAAAUAGUACACAUCUCGGAGCGUCCUAAAAACUAUGUCGAGGCUUCUGUGAAAAAAGCUAUUGAUAUUCAUGUACGGGAGCCAGAAGGGGACAUUUUAAUAUUCUUGACAGGGCAGGAUGACAUAGAGAAGUUGGUACUGAAGUUGGAGGAGAAAGUUCAAAGUUUAGAAGAAGGUUCCUGUAUGGAUGCCCUAAUCCUUCCUCUUCAUGGAUCCUUGCCACCUGAGAUGCAGGUGCGUGUUUUCAGUUCUCCACCUCCAAAUUGCAGGAGGUUUAUUGUUUCUACAAAUAUUGCUGAAACUUCCUUGACUGUUGACGGUGUCGUGUAUGUUAUUGACUCGGGGUAUGUGAAGCAACGACAAUAUAACCCAUCCGCUGGCAUGUACUCGUUGGAGGUUGUUCAGAUUAGCAAGGUGCAGGCAAAGCAGCGUGCAGGACGUGCUGGAAGAACACGUCCUGGAAAGUGUUAUCGUUUAUAUCCCUCUAUGGUUUACCAUGAUGACUUUUUGGAUGCAACGGUUCCUGAAAUACAAAGGUCUUCACUGGCUGGAACUGUGCUUUAUUUGAAGUCGUUAGAUCUUGCUGAUAUGGAUAUUCUCAAAUUUGAUUUUCUAGACUCUCCUUCCAUUGAGUCUUUAGAGGUUGCCUUGAAGCAAUUAUAUUUAGUUGACGCAAUUGAUAAAAAUGGUUCAAUCACAAGUCUUGGACGAAAGAUGGCUGAGCUUCCACUGGAGCCUUCUCUUUCAAGGACCUUAUUAGAGGCAAAUGAGUUGGAUUGCCUGUCCCAAGCAUUGACUGUUGUUUCCAUGUUGUCUUCUGAGACCACAUUGCUUCCUGUCCCAAGUAAGAGCUCUGAGAAGAAGAGGACGCACACUCCCUCGAAACUUCCUGAUGGUUUUGGCUUGGGUGAUCACAUCCAGCUACUCCAAAUUUAUGAGCAAUGGUACCAGAUUGACUACAACAUAAACUGGUGUAAAGAGAACAACUUACAGGUCUGCGGGAUGGUGUUUGUGAGAGAUGUUAGGAAACAGUUAUCUCAAAUAAUGCAAAAAAUCUCUAAAGGCUCAUUAGAUGUCCAAACAAGCAAUAAGCGGAGAGAUGGCCAACAGGAGUACAAAAAUUUGAGGAAAGCACUGUGCAUUGGCUAUGCAAAUCAGCUUGCUGAACGAAUGAUUCGACAUAACGGGUACCGGCCUCUUGGUUUCAAGUCUGAACUCGUACAGGACAAGGUCUCGGGGAGGAUGAUUGGCAAUGCUAGAGAGUCUGAAGGUCUCUAUUUUCUUGAAGGGAGAGAAACAUAGUGAAGAUUCGAGGGAUUCGAGGAAUGAUAAAGAUUUUCUUGACCUUACAUGUGAGAAACAACAGGAUCCAGGUUUUAUGAUAGAUGCAUGAAAUAGUUUUUUUUUUUUUUUUUGGGUAAUAACAACCUAGAUAAGGUAAGAGAUCCCAACUUAAAUAAUGAAAAUAAGGAUACUGAGACAAUAGAACAUUUUCAUGAUACAAUUAAUGACAAAAACAGGGAACAAACAAAGGAAUUACAGGUUUACACGAGAAGAAAUCGGAACCAAGAAAAAGAGAUCAAGGACUCUCAUCAAAACCAAAUGUCCGCCCCGCAAGAUCUCACUGAUAUACAGGGUAAUUCUCCAGAACCUAAUUUUAAUUUACCCCUUGUCAGUUUAGACCUUGAUCUUCUAAUUGCCAAACGUAAAAGGGUAAGAUUUGUCACCAACUAUCCCAUGUCAAAUUUUGCAUCAUAUAGAAACUUGUCCCCUUUCUAUAUAGCUUUUCUUUCUUAAUUAUUUGGAAUGGAGAUACCGAGAAAUGUGCUGAAUGCUUUGAACGUUCCCGAGUGAAAGGAGGCGGUUCUUGAGGAGAUGAACGCUCUGGAGAGAAAUGAAAUCUGGAAAAUGGUGGAACUACCACGUGAAAAGAAAACAGUAGGCUGCAAGUGGGUGUUCACUAUCAAAUUUAGAUCAGAUAGGUCCCUAGAGAGGUAUAAGACACAUUUGGUAGCAAAAGGAUUCUCUCAGACUUACGAGAUUAUCUUGUGACAUUUGCUCCAGUUGCCAAAUUGAAUUCAAUAAGGGUUCUUCUGACUAUUGCUGCCAAACCUUGAUUGGCCCCUCCAACAACUAGACAUGAAGAAUGCAUUCUUGAAUGGAAAACUUGAAGAAGUCCACACGGACCCUCCUUUAGGUUUUGAAGAACGACAUGGAACUAGAGUGUGCAAGCUAAAGAAAUCUCUCUACGGGCUCAAACAAUCUCCAAGAGCUUGGUUUGAGAGGUUUACUCAGUUUGUAAAUGUGAGAAUUAAUGUAAAAAAUAUUAUUGAAAAAUUGUGUGUCUACAUAAUUACACUGAGAUCCUAUUUAUAGACACUAUAGUACAAUCCUUUUCCAAGUCGGAUUUUGCAUAUACUAUUGCUAUUUCUACUCAUAUUCUAACACUCCCCCUCAAGCUGGUGCAUACAAAUCAUAUGUACCUAGCUUGUUACAAAUGUAAUUAAUACGAGGACCGAUGAGGGACUUGGUGAAGAUAUCCGCAAGUUGAUCACUUGACUUCACAAAUUUUGUAACAAUAUCUCCUGAGAGUUUUUUUUCUCUGACAAAGUGACAAUCAAUCUCUAUGUGUUUAGUCCUCUCAUGAAACACUGGAUUUGAUGCGAUAUGAAAGGCUGCUUGAUUAUCACACAUAAGUUCCAUCUUAUCGGUUUCUCCAAACUUUAAUUUUCUCAGCAACUGUUUGAUCCGAACUAGCUCACAAGUUGCUACAACCGUUGCUCGAUAUUCUGCUUCUGCACUAGAUCGAGCAACCACACUCUGUUUCUUACUCUUCCAAGACACCAAAUUACCUCCUACUAAAACAUAAUAUCCGGAGGUAGAACGCUUAUCAGAGGGUGAUCCUGCCCAAUCAGCAUUUGUGUAUCCAAUGAUAUGCUCGUGACCUCGAUCCUCAAAGAGUAGUCCUUUACCUGGAGCUGACUUUAUAUAUCGUAGAAUACGAAUAACUGCAUCCGAAUAACUAUCACAGGGGGAAGUCAUAAACUGACUUACAACAUUCACAGGAAAGGAUAUGUCAGGUCUAGUCACGGUGAGAUUAUUCAACUUUCCAACCAACCGCCAAUACCUUUCAGGAUCACUGAGUGGCUCCCCCUAUCCUGGUAGAAGUUUGGCAUUUGGAUCUAUAGGAGUGUCAAUAGGUCUAAAUCCCAUCAUUCCUGUCUCCUCAAGAAUGUCUAAGGCAUACUUGCGUUGAGAAAUAACAAUACCUGAUCUGGACUGAGCAACCUCAAUACCUAGAAAAUAUUUCAGUCUGCUGAGGUCUUUGGUCUUGUGAGAAAAUAUAAGAGAAAAAUAUUAUUGAAUUGCUGUAAUUACAUUAUUACAUUGAAGCCUUAUUUAUAGACAAUACAUUUCAAUCCUUUUUCUAAUAGAACACUACAUUACAAUCUUUUUUCAAGUAGGAUUUUAUAUGCUAUUCCUAUUCCUACUCAAAUUCUAACACUCUCUCUCAAGCUGAUGCAUAGAAGACAUAUGUACCAAGCUUGUUAUGGAUGUAACUAAUUUGAGAAUCGGUGAAGAUAUCUGCAAGAAAACUGAUAAGGACUGCUUUGGACGUCUGGGAGACCUCAAUUGAAACGGAACAAACU